AUGGUCCACCAGAAAUUUCUGAUAAUAUUGUACGAGCUCUUUGUUAUAUAUAUAGAAAAUAUGUGGAUAACCCAGAUAAGUGAUAAAAUAAAUCCUUUAGUAAAUAAUAUUUUGAGAGUGUUCAAAAAUAUUAAUUUAAAGAUUUAUAAAGAGCUAAAUGAUAAUAAUACAACAUUUAUUGCGGUGUGUAAUUAUGAUUAUAACCCAAUUGAUCUUCAUAGAUAUCAACAGUAUAAGCUGCUGUUUGAUUAUUCUAAGGAUUAUCCAGAUAUUGAGCGAGAUACACGUUCUGAACAAAACACAUGUGAUAAAGAUUAUAAGAAAUACAUAGAAGAAUAUAUUAAUAUGUAUAACCAGGCAAAUUCUGAAUGA